UAUGGAUCGGGUUUUUACCAUAUACUCAAACAAAGCUCAGCAAAAAUAGAAAACUUUAUAUAUUAUUAUUUUUUUUGAUUUUUUCUUUGAAAUAAAAUAAAAAGAAAAAUUAAUUGCCUUUCCCCGGCAACGGCGCCAAAUUUGACGAGCACUUUGUCACGGUGCGUCAAAAUAAUUUUCAAUACUAAACACUUAUACGUAGUAUAGCGUAGUAGAGUUCGUAUCCACAGGGAAAGGAAUGAUUUUCUUUCUAUGAAACUAGUAAUAAAAAAGGGGGUUUUGGUUUUGAGUGAUUUAAUUCAAUUAAGAAACUAAGAUGAACAACCUAUAUGUGUUUAAUUCAAGAAUAAAAGGGACUUGGCUUUGCUACUUUCCACUUGUUGAUAUAUUUUAGUUGAACUUCUUGUUAAAAACUUCUUGUUCUAUAACUAUAAAUGGAACUGACCCGACCGGGUUCAAGGUCUGACCCGGUCGGGUUUUUGUGCUCCUGGGUCUUUUUUCUUCAGUUUUUCUCCCUUUUUCCUUGCUACAAACUCUAUCACUAUUCUAAAACUCCGAAAAGAAGGAGAGAACAAUUACAAACAAAAUAAAACAAGUACUUACAAACUAACUAAAAGUGAUGGAAAAUCCACACUCAAUCAACAUAAAAACAUACGUUUAUGCACUAUAAACUAGUGCAUAUCACGGGUGCAUGUCAAAAUCAAAUAUCCUCCACGUUCUGGUGAUCUUCGGCAUGUUAAAGUGUCCCGGGUCAAGUCAGACCUGACCAGGUGAGGUAGGGGACCCGACCGGGUGAGUGCACUUUCCAGGCACUUACGGUUGUUGAAUCAGACCCGACCGGGUUCAGGGUCUGACCCGGCCGGGUUUUGUGCUCCUGGCUCUUUUUUGCCUUCAGUUUUUCUCCCCUUUUUCUUGCUAAAUUCUUGUUCUAUAACUAUAAAUGGAAGCUAUAAACAAUUACAAACACAGUUAAACAAAUGUCUACAACUGCAUACAAAUGGUAAAGAAUCCACACAAAUCAAAUAUAAAACAAACAUUUAUGCACUACUAAUUAGUGCAUAUCAAUGGUUGUGCUGAUGGGGGCAUAAUUGACUGCUGGUCUUCCGAGGGCUUUCUGAAAGUGUUCACAGGCGGUGCACCUUCGAGCGAGGUCCGCACAAUCUCGUGCCAUCGUGGGCCAGAAGUAACCCUUAACUAUGAGCCUUCGGGACAUGGAGAAGGGUCCCUGGUGAGCUGAGCAAGUGCAACUGUGCACUUCCUCCAUUGCAACUUCGGCUUCAUCCUGAUGAAGGCACCAGAGUAACGUGUCGUUGUAGGAUCGUUUGUAAAGCAUCCCGUCUUCGAUGGUGUAGCUGGGAGCCCUCAGCAUUGCCAGCUUUGCGCGGGUUUCAUCCUCGGGAAGGUGCCCUGUGGAGAUGAAGUUCAUGAUGUCUGAAACCAAGUCCUCAGGCCUUUGUUGUAUGUUCAUGACGGGGAUGGCUUGUAUGCUUGAGAGCUGAGUUCCUCAAUUCUCGCAAUCUUCGAGAGGUGCUCCGAGGACUCGUCCGAGAGCCUUGAUAAAAUAUCGGCCUCAGAGUUUUGAGCCAUCGGUAUUUGGGUAAGAGAGUGUGCCUCAAAUACCUUAAGUAACUCCUUGGCCGCUUCCUUGUACUGUUUCAUUCUCCCUUCCUUGGCUUCAUACUCCCCUGAAAUCUGGCCGACGACUAACUUGGAGUCACACUUCACAUGGAUCUGUCUGGCCUUCAUAUUAGCGGCCAGCCGAAGGCCACCGAGGAGGUCUUCAUACUCUGCUUCGUUGUUGGAGACUUUGAAGGAGAAGCGGAUGGCAUAGUAGGCGCGGAAGCCUUCGGGAGUAAUGAGAACUACCCCUCCUCCGCAUGUUUUGGUGGCUGAGGAGCCAUCGGUAUAGAGGGUCCACCAUUUAUUCGAGGGUGCCGAGGGCUCCUCACCCACUGCUGCUCUUGUCGUGCAUUCCAUCACGAAAUCCGCCAGGGCUUGGCCCUUUAUGGCAGGCCUCGGACGGAUGUCAAUGUUGUAUUGGCUAAGGAAGAUAGCCCAUUUUACCAAUUGGGAGGAGCUGGUGGGGCUCCUCAUCAAAGCGCCGAGGGGUUGGUGUGUGAGGACCUGGACCGGGUGAGCUUGGAAGUAAUGGCCCAACUACUUGACGGUCCAAACGAUGGCUAACACCGUUUUCUCCACAGGAGAAUAUAUGAGUUCCGCCUCCCUAAGAGUCUUGCUAACAUAGAAUAUGGCAUGUUGGACGUCGUCUUCCUCCCGGAUUAGCACUGAGCUGAUGGCAGCAGGGCUAACGCCAAGGUAGAGAUAUAAAGUCUCCCCCACCUUGGGUUUGGAGAGCACAGGGGGUGAGGACAAGUACCGUUUCAAUUCGUCGAAGGCCUCUUGGCAUUCUGACGUCCAUUGGAAGCCAGCGGUUUUCCUCAUGAUUUGGAAGAAGGGAAGGGACUUCUCUGCCGACUUGGACAGGAAACGGUUGAGGGCUGCCAGGCGGCUCGUCAACCUCUGGACUUCUUUGACGUUACGUGGGGGCUCCAUGUUGAUGAUCGCUUGAAUUUUCUCGGGGUUGGCCUCAAUACCCCUUUGGCUCACCAUGUAGCCCAAGAACUUGCCUCCUUGUACGCUGAAGGUGCAUUUCUUCGGGUUUAGUCGAAGGUUGAACUUUUGCAUGAUGGUGAACAUCUCCCGGAGGUCGUCAGCAUGGCUUGUUGAUUUUUUGCUCUUGACGAUCAUGUCGUCGACAUAGGCCUCCAUGGUGCGCUCUAGGACGUCUUGAAAGACCCUAGCCACCAUCCGGGUGUAAGUGGCGCCUGAGUUCUUUAGGCCGAAGGCCAGGACUAGAUAACAGAAGAUGCCUUCGGGAGUCAUGAAGGCUGUUUUUUCAGCAUCUUCCUCGUGCAUGAAGAUUUGGUGAUAUCCGCGGAAGGCGUCGAGGAAUGACAUGAUUUCGCAUCCCGCCGUUUCAUCCACCAGUUGGUCAAUAUUUGGCAGCGGGAAAGGGUCCAUGGGGCACGCCUUAUUCAAAUCCAUGUAGUCCACACACAUGCGGAUGGUGGGCGGCUUUUGUGCGAGGACUACGUUAGCAAGCCAUGAGGGGUACUUCACCUCCUUGAUGUGUUUGAUGGAGAGGAGCAUGGCAACCUCCUUCUUCACAAAAUCCCUCCUCUCGGCCGAGAGGGGUCUUCUUCUCUGUUGCACAGGUUUGGAGGAAGGGUCCUCCACGAGGCGGUGGGUGAUAACCCUUCGACUGAUGCCCGGCAUGUCCUCCGGCCCCCAUGCAAAAACAAUGGAGUAGGCGCGGAGGCAAUUCGUGAUGCCGGUCUUCAAGUCUUCAGGGAGCUUGGCUCCUAUCUUCACGACUCUCUCCGGCUUGGCCGGAUCGAGCACAAAGUCUUCUACCUCCUCAGCUGGUUCAGCCCUCGGCCUCUUCUCUUCUUCCUUAAAUGUCCCGGUGAUGGUGUCUACCUGGAACUCAUUCUUACUAACCUUCUUCGUUAUCUGAAGAUAGCAGGCGCAGGCAAGCUUUUGGUUCCCCCUCGAGUACCCGACGCCUCCUUCAGCUGGGAACUUGAGACAUAGGUGCCUCAUGGAGGUGAUAGCCUCCAGGUCCUCGAGGGUGGGGCGGCCGAGGAUGAUGUUGUGGGCGCAGUCAAUGUUGACGACGACGAACUCCACUUCGAGCUUGGCCCUAGGGAGCCCAUCGCCGAAGAGUACCGGGAGGGUUAUCACCCCCUAGGAAUCUAUGGUGUCUCCGGUGAAGCCGGACAGGGGGGUCCGGAUGGGCCGAAGGCAACUCUUCUCUAGGUGCAGCUCCUUGAAUGUGCUGAGAUACAUUACGUUGACGGAGCUGCCUGUGUCAACGUAAGUUCGAUGGAUGAUGGUGUUAUUGAUCUCGCUUUGGAUCAUUAACGCAUCCCUAUGAGGAGAGGAAACCGGGGGGAGAUCGGCGUUGGUAAACAUGAUGGGCUCCUCUCUCAUCCGCUUUACGGGGGGUAUGUGAGUGACUUCCCCCACAUAAAGCGAUUGUGCCCACUUCUUUCUUUGGCCAAUGGAGUCUCCCCCCGUGUUGCCCCCGCUAAUCAUGAGGAUGUGGCGUUUCUUCUCCUGGUACUGGUUGUACUCCUCCUCCUCAUCGAGAUUCCCGAUCUCCUGUUUCUUACCCUUCGGGUCACCGAGGGGAAUGGUGUUUGGGUUAACCCAAGCAUUUGCCCUCGCCGGAGGUCCUAGCGGGGGCCCUUGAGGCUGAGGGCCCCUGACAAAUUGGGACAGAUGACGCGCCUCUAUAAGCCUCUCGAUGGCUGCCUUCAGCUGGUUGCAGUCAUCGGUUCUGUGCCCUUGGUUGCGAUGGAAGCGGCAGUAUGGCUCAUUGGGGUUGACGGCGUAUACCUCCAAGGGUGCGCGAGAGUCGUGCUCCACGAGGCCUCUCUCCUCGGCGUAGUUCAGGAUGACGCUGAUGGGCUGUGUGAGGGGGGUCCGAGGGUUCUCCAGAAGGAUGGGCUGCGCCCAGGCCUUCGGGUUAUUCUUGUAACCUCCCCCGGGUUUGGCUUGGCCGUGCCGGGGGCGAUCACCCGAGGGGGACGGGCCUUUGGAAUGAUGGAAUGGAGCUCCCGGCCCCUGGUGAUUUUUAUCAUUUGCCCUCAGCCGUUGCUGCUCGGGGUUUUUUGGUGGAAUUUUUCCACCUCCUCAGCCUCCGCAUACCGGUCUCCCCGUUGGAGGGCCCUUAUGUAAUCACGAGGGGGCUCGAUAAUGAGGCUCCUCGAGAAGUUCCCGGUGCGGAGGACUGUCUGUAGGCGAGCCAAAAGGGUCCAUCAUCGGUGCCGUCAACCUUGUCUGUCUCCGCCCUCCAGCGUUCCAAGAAGUCUCGGAGGGUCUUCUCCUUCCGCUGUCUCACCGUUAGUAGGUGGGAGAAAUGUUUCCUUGAUCGACGCCUUCCCGCAAACUGUGUCAAGAAGCGUUGGGCGAGCUCUUGCGACGAGUCAAUGCUACCUUCGGGCAAUCGGUUGAACCAUUCGUACGCUGGUCCUUCUAAGGUGGAAAGGAACCAACGACACAAAUAUUCAUCUGAUGCCCGUGGCCAUCAUCAUGCUGUUUUGGUAUCUGCUGUAGUUAGGGCAGAGCACGGGUCGGGUUCGGGCGGGUCGGGUUCAAAAAUGGUGAACCCGUUCGGAUAUCGGAUUGAUAAUUUCAAACCCUACCCUAUCAAAAACUUUAUCGGGUUUUUCGGGUUGAAGUAGUUCAGGUUGCGGUCGGGUUGAUUCGGUUUUCGGGUCCAUUCGGAUUUUAAUUUAUUAUUGUUGAAAUUGUGAUAAAUAAAAUGGUAAUUGGUAAAAAUAUCAUUCAAAGUUAUACUAGUAUAACAUUCAAAGUAAUAGUUGUAUAAAUACGGUAAUCGACAUAUUUGAGUAUGUAAAAUAAUAAUAUAUGGUGAUUGACAUAUUUGAUAUUGUGAUAAAUAAAAUGAUAAUUGGUCAAAAUAUCAUUCAAAGUAAUAACAAUACAACAUUCAAAGUUAUAGUUGUAUAAAUACGGUAAUUAGAAUAUUUGAACAUGCAUAAUAUGAUAAUUGGCAUACAAUAAUUGAGAUUUUUUUUAAACCCGGAAGGUAAACCACCAAAAUAAGUGGGGCAAACGCCGGGGAACGUUUGCCAGAUUUUAUUAAUAGAUGUAAAAAAAUAAAAUAGAGAGGGGGACCAAACCAAAACCUCUCCUUAGAGGCAUACCUCUAAAAGAACAUGAUACAAUACUAAAAGAUAAAAAAAAAUUGGGGGGGCUUGACCUGACCCAAAAAUUAAAAUACACGAAAUUUAAAACGCAAGGCUGGAAUAUAAAAGAGGUCUCCAUAAUAGCUAUUUUUAACAUCUUUUGGCAAAUUACCUACCUGAUCAAAUAAAACAAUUUGGGCCGAGCCCAGGUUCUUACCUGCAAGCAGAUGGGCCGGACCGUUCCCUUCUCGAAAUACAUGUUCGAAAGAAAACCUUCUGAGUGUUGCCUUUCUCCUGAAAUCAGCACAGUUGCCUGAAUCAUCCAAAAUAAAGGAGAUCGCCCUAGCCGCAUCACUCUCUACCUGAACAUCUGCGAAACCAGCUUCCAUAAUCAUUUCUGCUGCGAAAAUCAGCGAUUGCAACUCAGCCUCCUCGCUGGACGCCGCUUGAAGUCUGAAGGACAUAGCCCAUACCAGUUCUCCCAUCCGAUUCCGAAGAAUAGCUCCUCCCGAAGCACAGCCAGAUGCCAGAGAGAAGUUACCAUGAAUACCAGGGUCCCAUUGCAAUGAUCCAGAAGAAUUCUCUGAACAAAGGUGAGAACCUAAAUAUUUCAUUGGCAGAGAGGUUUUCCUCAUUCCCAGGAUAUUUUUUAUAGUUGUGGAUCUUGGUGACUGGCUCUGAUGCAUAAAGGUUAGAGAAAAAGUCUACAGCAGCUGUACCAAUCUCAGAUUCGAACGUACGUUACAGAGAGUGCGAUGACCAACAGAGCAAGGGCGUCCACUAGUCCAGGCGUCCAGCGCCCAAAUUUCUCCAAGUUGAAAGAGAUGGACUGCGGUCUCACCGGUGGGCGAUUGUGGUAUGCGAGACUGCGACUCUGCGUCUGCGGCCUGCGGCGUUCUCCCGUCUUCGGUCUUCCCCAGUUGGGCAGUCCCCGUUCAAAUGUUAGGUCACACACUCACGCGGUAUAAGCCCCUGCGCACAUACGGAGUAUACUGUAUAAGCCCCUGCGCACAAAACUUCUUUGGGCCAAUUUCUAAUUGGGCCUAAUAUUAUUUAAGGAGUACAGUUUGCAUCUUUAGUUUUUACUCCCAGCAAGGCUUCACAAUUAAUUGGGUGGGGGGGGGGGGGGAUUCUAAUAUUAGUAUUUUUAUUAAAAAAUGGGGGGUGGAAAUGCCCCCCUUACCCUUGACAGUAGUUCCGCCCCUGCCUAUAAAUUCUCAGGACCGGCCCUAUGUAAAGAGUUUACGUGUAAUAUAAAUAUAGGUUACACACAUGGUCAAACAUUGUAUUUCUAUUUUACAUGAAAUCUAUUUUACGGUCCUAAACUUUACCUGCACUCACUUUGCAUGUGAAGUUUUAAUACUCCCUCCGGUCCCUAUUAAAGUUCUCAGUUUGACUUCAAACAGAUUAAGAAAAUAAAUUUGACUUUACUGUGGAGUUCACUGUUUGGCACUGUUUGGACACUGUUUGACACUAUUUGGCACUGUUUUGCACUGUUUUGUUUCCUAAAAUGGAAGUGUGAACUUAAAUAAGGGACAUCCCAAAAAGGAAAGUGAGAACUUUAAUACGGACCGGAGGGAGUAUAUAAAAACCGACUAUUAAGGUUAUACGUACUAUGGAAUUGGCCGGAUACGUUUAGCCAUUCCUUAUAGGGUUAAUUAUCAAAAUAGGACUAAAAGUCACCCACUUUGCACAAAUAGGACCAAAAACUAAAUUAUGUUUUCAUAGGACUAAUUAUGUGUCUUGGACAAAUAUACCCUUCUAGUUAUUGAAAUGUUUUAAUUCAUAAUAAAAUAAUAAAAAAUAAUAACAAAUUGUAAAAAUACUAAAAAACUAAUGAAAAUAUUUCGAUAAUGAUAAUUAAUUAAUUUAUUUUUAAAAAAAAUAAAAAAAAUAAAAAAUAAUAAAAAUAAAAAAACUCAAAAAAAUUAAAUAAAAUUCACCGCCGCCUCUGCCGCGUCUGCACCACCACCUCUAGUCACCGGGAAAAAAAUGCCAAGUUCAUUACGAAUGCCAUAUUUAUGGCAGAAAACAAUGAAAAUGUUGGCAUUCUCAAAGAGAAAUAUGUCAUGUUUUUGGCAUUUUCAGAAAAAAAUGGCAGUUUUUAGGAAAAAUGGCAUCUUUUUCACCGUCCUGAGAUGGUGGUGCAGGGAGGUAGUACAGGCGGUGGGAAAGGCAUCCAUAUUUUUUUUAAUUUUUGUAUGGAGUUUUACUAUUCUUUUAUUAAUUUUUAAAAAAAUAAAAAAAUUAAAAAAAAAAAUUUAAUUUUUUAUUUUAUAAAUAUUUAUAAAAUUUUUUAUUAUUUUUCUACGAAUUUUUGAAUUUUUUUCGAAUUUAUUAUGAAUUAAACAUUUAAUUAACUCAUAUUUAAAGGAAGGGUAAGAAUGGAAGAAAAAAAUAGGUAUGUUUCCAAUAGGACUAAUUUGGUCCUAUUUUGAAAAGAAAAACAUAGUAAGUCCUAUUUUGAGUUUUUGCCAUAAUUUUAGUCCUAUUUUGAGUAAUUUCUAUUCCUUAUAUGGAAUUAGACACGUUUAGCAAUUCCGUAUAUGAUGAUAACAAGAUGUUUUAAGGUAUCUUUGACGUAUUGUUUGAAUCAAGGUUUGUUUUUUCUUAAGAAUGAGUCCAAAAUUAUACUUACUUGAUAACUGCGUAUUUGUUUGUCCCAUUUGGUACACAAUAAUAUAUUGUUUUUAUAACAUAAUAAUAAUUACUUAUAAGGGCAUCUCCUUAGUUUUACGCUAUUUCAAAUAAAGGCAAAUAUUUGAACAAAGAAUUCAUUCUUUUCUUUUCAACACAAUAAAGGCAACUAUUGUUCAUUUACGAGUAACAAUGCUGCACAAUCAUCAAGAAUAUAAAUAUUUUUUUAGUUAUAUAAUUCAAAUUUAAUACUUGGUGUUCAUUAAAAAUAAACUUGUUAUUUAAUUUCUUAAUAUACUUCCAUAAAAGUGAGUCAUUAGUAAUUAAGUACCAAGUACGACAUUAAAAUUUAAGAAUAUUCCCUUUCAAAUAACCUUAAUUAUUGAAGCUUCAUAGACUUAUAUAUUGUGAUGGAGGUAGAACAUACCAUCACAUGCUACAUCCAUCAAAUUAGACAUUAAAGCGUUUACUCUGACUCAGACCAAUCGAAAUUCUCAAAACUAUCUAUAGUUGCUCUUACACUCGUCAAUAUAUAUGGUGAUCAUCAACAAAAUAUCCUUUC